UAGUAUUACGUAUUUCGUUUUGCUUCUGCCAUAAAUAAUUAAAUUGGAGAAUCUCUCCUUAGAAAUUGGAGAAUUUUUAAUUCAAUCAAUCCAUUUUCUUAUGCUUCCUAUAAAUACACAUACUCUUUCACUUGUUUAUUACCAAGCUAUACCAACAAGUUUCCUUUUCUUCUUAUAAUUCUAUUGCCCCAGGCUUGCUGGAACUUGCCAAAAAGCAUGUGCGAAAACAUAUGGAAAUUCAUUGGAAAUUUGAGAUGCUCUAAAGCAGAUUGUCUCUCUAAUGGCAAUCAAGUUGCGAGUGAGACGAUGCAUGGUGCGAACUUGGCUGUGCAACAAGUUUGCGAUAUUGAUGUUUGUAAAGGAAUCCGUAUUGCUGAGGAAAAUAAGAAUGCCGAGCCUAAUAGUUCGUUUCUUCAUGCUGUCCUCAAUAUGAUUGGAAUGCUCAUUGGUCUUGGGCAGUUAUCUACUCCAUAUGCUUUAGAAAAUGGUGGGUGGGCGUCUGUAUUCUUGUUGAUUGGACUUGGUGUUAUAUGUGCUUAUAGUUCUCAUCUUCUCGGCAAAUGUCUUGACAAAAAUCCAAAGUCAAGAAGCUAUGUUGAUAUUGGACAAAAUGCAUUCGGAAAAAAAGGAAGAGUUAUUGCAGCAACUUUCAUCUACCUAGAAAUUUUCAUGGCCCUUGUGUCAUACACCAUUUCUCUUCAUGACAACUUCAUCAAAGUCUUUUUUGGGAGAAACUUAAACUUGUCAUGGGCUAAAUUAUCGACAUCUCAGAUACUUACCGUGAUGGCAGUUUUGGUAGCACUGCCUAGUUUGUGGCUCAGAGAUUUGUCUUCUAUAUCUUUCCUAUCAUCCGGUGGUAUUCUCAUGUCACUUCUUAUUUUUAUAUCCGUGGCAUGCACCGCCAUUUUUGGAGGUGUUAAAGCAAACCAUAAAAUUCCAGUGCUACAACUUGAUAAAAUUCCUUCCAUUUCUGGCCUUUACAUUUUUAGUUAUGCUGGCCAUAUUGUUUUCCCCGACUUAUACAAAGCCAUGAAGGAUCCGUCGAAAUUUACCAAGGUUUCUAUCGUGAGUUUUGCAUUAGUCACAUGUCUUUAUACAGCUCUAGCCUUCAUGGGUGCGAAAUUGUUUGGCCCUGGAGUGAGUUCGCAAAUCACUCUCAGCAUGCCACCCCAUCUCAUCGUCACUAAAAUAGCUUUAUGGGCAACUGUGUUGACACCAAUGACCAAAUAUGCUCUUGAAUUUGCACCAUUUGCUAUUCAACUUGAACAGCAUCUCCCUGUUUCAUUCUCUUCCAAAACCAAAAUGAUCAUAAGAGGAACUGUUGGUUCUUUUUUACUUCUAGUCAUAUUAACCCUCGCUCUUUCACUGCCAUAUUUUGAACACGUCCUUAGCCUUACUGGCUCUCUUGUUAGUUUUUGUAUUUGUGUCAUUUUACCUUGUGCCUUUUACACCAAGAUCUGUUGGGCUCAAAUUUCUAAACCCUUUAUAAUACUUAACGUUACCCUCAUUGCAUUUUGUUCUUUUCUUGGGGUUUUCGGAACAAUUGUCUCUUCAAAGUCACUGAUACAAAAUCUACAGAGAUCGAUUCACAGGACGGGACUAUGAUAUUAAUGGAAUUCGAGAUUGCAGGAAGGAUAUUCAUACAUAUCUGAGUUGGAUCCAUGAUGAAGAUAUAUUAUGGUUUCUGUUGUCUAUAAGUUUUUCUCUGUAACUUUUAUGAAAGAAAAUAAAAAGUACUCCAUAUAAUAUGCUUCAAGAGAAAUCGUUUACGUAUAUGCUUUUUGUAAUAUGGCAUACUUAAUAAAUUAA